CCACAGUUCGUCGUACAGAUUACCAUGCCUGUUCCGCCUCUGUUUCCCGCCGCAGCGGCUAUUGGGUCUUCGCUACUACCAAUUUUUCCCACAUCUAGGUAUAUUUGUGUCGCAGGCACGUAUGACGGCGGCAUAGCAGGCUGGGAAUUGCAGCGGGAAGGGCAAAAUCAGACAACAGGCCUGAAGAUGAUUUUUGCCUACACCCCGCAUCAAGGAAGCGUCCGAUCGCUGGCUAUACCACAAGGGGGGGUCAAAGCUGGGUCUCUUUUAGUGUCAGGUGGUGUUGACGAGCAUAUCCGCAUGUAUGACCUACGAAAACGCGCGGAAGUCGGCGAGCUUCUACACCAUAAGGGUACCAUAACCGCCCUGGGCUUUGUGGGCUCAUCCCACUUGCUGAGCGGUAGUGAGGAUGGUGCGGUCUGCAUAUGGCGCGUGUACGAUUGGAGCCUUCUUCAUAUUUUGGGUGGACACAAGGGAGCUAUCACUGCCGUCGCUAUACACCCGUCUGGGAAGCUCGCCUUGUCCUCAGGGCGCGAUAGGAGUCUGCGUCUCUGGGAUCUGGUUCGUGGCCGUUGCGCCUACAUCACCAAGCUCGAAGCGGUGGUCGAGACCGUCAAAUGGUCUGGCGAUGGGAGCGUCUAUGCGCUUCAAGUGGGAGAUCGUCGCCUGGAGGUACGAAGAGCGUCGGAUAACAAGCCCACGGCCAUCGCCACCCACCCCGCGCGUGUCACAGCCAUCGCCUUCCUCCCUGCCGCUGCCGCCGCCCCGUGUGCUGAUGAAGCUAAAAGCUUAGAGAUUUCUGCGGCGAUAGAGCAGCAGGCACCGAUGCACCAUGUGGUCACGGCCUGCGACGACGGCAUGCUGCGCGUCGUGGAUGGAGACACGGGGUCCGUCCUUUCCUGCACGGAGACGGGCCCGCACUGCGGACGCAUCAAGGAGGCUGUGGUCUGGGGGAACAGGGCCUUGCCCUUCUGGCAACAAAGCCGAGAGCUGGUGACGGCGUCAUCGGAUGGGAAGAUCCUGGUCUGGCGGGUCGGGCCCGCGGGCACACAGGUGGAGGUGGGACCCGGCGCCGCUUUGGGUGCCGGAGUACGCAUAACGUGCUUGGCAGCCUACGCUGCUGGCGAGGCCGUGGACGAGGGGAGGGCUUCAAGCGGGACAAGUCUUGGCAAGAAUAAAAAGAAACGAAAGCGGGUGCGUGGGGAGGAGACGAAGGAGGCUAACAUGGGACCGGACAGGGCCGCGCCUCGAAAAGGCGAAACUGCGCGGAAGUCCAAGGGAAACAGGCAUCGCUCAGCGAAUCGAGGGUCUGGAAUGCAAAGUAAUGGGGCGCCAAGUAGAGGGAAAAGCCGAGCGCAGGCAUCAAGCAGGGCGAAUGUCUGAGCCAGUAUCUGCGGUCAUCAUGCGCGGGAAACACGCUCGCAACGAGGCCUGAAUUUGACUUCAUAGCAUCCCAUCGUUUUUGGAAAGAGCAAAUAAAAGUGACUGGAUGCUCUGGAGGCGAAUCAAUGAUAUCAAAAGCUUAUAAAGUAAUUGUAUCGCCUCCUAACACAUGAAGAAAAGCUCAUAAAUCGUUCCCAAGAUA